GGGGCGACUGCGCUACGGCCCGACCGGGGCGGUGAUGGCGGCUCCAUAUUAACACCUCCUCCUCCUCCUCCGCGCUCCCGCCCGCGCCCGCCAGCCGUCUCCCCCUUCCCUGACGCCACCUCUCCCCCUCCUCUACCAUGCCCGGCAUGAUGGAGAAAGGGCCCGAGUUACUGGGGAAGAGCCGAUCGGCCAACGGCGGCGCCAAGAGCCCGGCGGGAGGCGGCGGCUCCUCGGCCAACGGCGGGCUGCACUUCUCGGAGCCCGAGAGCGGCUGCAGCAGCGACGACGAGCACGGGGAUGUUGGGAUGAGAGUCGGAGCUGAAUACCAAGCUCGGAUCCCUGAAUUCGAUCCAGGUGCUACCAAGUACACAGAUAAAGACAAUGGAGGCAUGCUUGUGUGGUCUCCUUAUCACAGUAUCCCAGAUGCCAAAUAGACCUUCUGGACCCUUGACCAUGCACUUCUUGAAUCAUGGUGUGGCUUUAGACUUCAGUGUGAUGUAGCGGACCCGAAUCCUUUGCGGCACAUCAGAUAUAGGAAACAUUCAGUGGAUGAAUAUAUCGCCAUUGCAAAAGAGAAACAUGGCUACAAUGUUGAACAGGCACUUGGCAUGUUGUUCUGGCAUAAACACAACAUUGAGAAGUCCCUUGCGGACCUCCCUAACUUCACGCCCUUUCCGGAUGAGUGGACAGUGGAAGACAAAGUCCUGUUUGAACAAGCCUUUAGUUUUCAUGGGAAGAGCUUUCACAGGAUUCAGCAAAUGCUUCCAGAUAAGACAAUUGCAAGUCUUGUAAAGUAUUACUAUUCUUGGAAAAAAACUCGCUCAAGGACAAGUUUGAUGGAUCGCCAGGCUCGUAAACUAGCCAAUAGACACAAUCAGGGUGACAGUGAUGAUGAUGUAGAAGAAGCUCACCCCAUGGAUGGAAACGACAGUGACUACGACCCAAAGAAAGAAGCCAAAAGAGAGGGUAACGCUGACCAGCCGGUCCAAACCAGCAAGAUCGGCCUGGGCAGGAGAGAGUACCAGAGUCUGCAGCACCGCCACCACUCUCAGCGCUCCAAGUGCCGCCCUCCUAAGGGCAUGUAUCUAACCCAGGAGGACGUGGUGGCUGUCUCCUGCAGCCCCAACGCAGCCAACACCAUCCUGAGGCAACUGGACAUGGAGCUGAUCUCUCUCAAGCGCCAGGUUCAGAAUGCUAAGCAAGUAAACAGUGCACUUAAGCAGAAAAUGGAAGGUGGAAUUGAAGAGUUCAAACCGGCUGAGGCACAGACCCCACAGGCUCCUCGGACUCUGGGUCCAUCACCUCCUGCCCCGUCAUCCACUCCAACACCAACAGUCCCCAUUGCCACUCUGAACCAGCCUCCACCACUUCUUCGUCCAACACUGCCUGCCGCCCCUGCUCUUCACCGACAACCUCCUCCACUCCAGCAGCAGGCUCGGUUCAUACAGCCCCGGCCAACUCUCAAUCAGCCUCCACCACCUCUCAUUCGCCCUGCUAACUCCAUGCCACCCCGCCUAAACCCAAGACCAGUGUUGACCACGGUUGGCGGUCAGCAGCCACCUUCACUCAUUGGGAUUCAGACAGAUUCACAGCCUUCACUGCACUAAUUACGCUGGACAAAGGCUCGCCUAUCAUUGUACCAGUGCUCAUUUGACUGAUCCAAACAAGGCAAACUAGUCCUUCCUGUGGCGGGGGUCUAGCCUAAGAGGGUGCGCGCACACGGGAAGUGUGGCAGUGGACUAGUGUAAGUGGCGUGACACAGCAGGAAGCCUCUGUUUGGCCUCCUUUCUAGUGUCCACUGUGAUCUCAUGGGAAGAAAAGUAUUCUGUCUACCAAGGGGUUUUCGUUCAUUUUUACUGUAUUUAUUUUGUUGAGGUUUCUUUUUUUCUUGCCUCUUCAUACUCAAAACUGUUAGUACAAAAAUAUUGACUUAGGAAUUGUAAAAAAAAAACAACAAAAACAAAAAAAAACUCCUUAAGUUCCUUAAGGAUGUUUAUCUUUCUGCUUUUUUCUUUAAUUUAAAUUUUUUAAAAGACACUUUCCUAUGUUAGGAGUGCAAGAUAAAUAGCCUGCAUUUCAGAUUUUGAUAUGUUCAUAUUUAAGAAAUUAUAGCUUCAUAUCCCUUUUUUCAAAAUAUGUUGCUUUUUUUCUAAAGGAAUUUUAGUAUAUUCCUUUAAAAGAAAGCAAUUAAAUCAAUUGCAAAGCAAUUAUAUGAAACCACAAAGAAUGUAUUGAACAUGCUAAUCCUUUAACAUAGUUUGGGGUCCUAGUGUAAAGUCCUUGUUUAAAGGUCAUUGACCCUGUUAUCUAUCAGUAGUAGAGGUUUGGAAUCACUCACAUGCAGAAAAAGGACUUAAAAUUUGGUGAGAUACAAUGUUUCUUAAGUUCUUUGAAGAUAUUAAUUUUGAAAAAAAAAAGUUUCUAAAUGCUCUUUGCUUUUAGCUAGUAUCUGCCUGUGUUGGGGAUUUAGAACAAUUUUCAGUUAUGUAGCGAUGGUGGUUAUGGAAACAUUUAUUUACAGUUUAUCUUCUGAACUUAAGGUUCAUACUCACUAAGAGGAUCUGUGUUUGAUACAAAGAGUGUUUGGGGUUUUUUGGUUUUUUUUUUUUUUCUUGCUAAAUCUCUGUUGUACAUUUGAAUACAUUUGUAUGAUCCUUUCAACCAACCUGAGCUUGUGGUUUGAUUUAGGGCUAAGUCAUCGGCAUCACAAGAUGAACUCAUUGUGUUGUUGCAAUAAUUGUGCCGUUAGCUAACGUACUGAGAUCGUUUUUAUGAAAAAACAGAGGCUUAAGGCCUUUUUAUUCCAACACAAAGUCAUUAGCACCCACAAAGAAUAUUUUACUAUGGCGGAGUUUCAACAAACAUGUUACUGACAGCUUUGAUAGAAUGACUUCACAUGGGAAGCAUGGCUUGCAGUAGAGGGACAGUUGCUAGGGCUGCAGGCUGCCCACAUCAGAGGGAUCAUGUUUCCUUAAGUACUGGAAAAAUAAUCCCUUUAUGGGCUCUCCAGCCCAUUGGUCAAUUUUAAUUUUCAGCUUUUCCUUCAAAAGGACCCUCAAUUCUGAUGUGAUUGAAAGUGGCUUGCAGAAAAAGGCCCUUUUUUUUCUCAUCAGAUCACCUUAAUAGUUUAUGCCCCAUAUAAAAAUGUAACUGAUCUAAAAGUAAUAUUAAAGAAUUUAUACUUAUUUUUACUUUAAAAGCCAUGGAAGACGGUUAUGUAUCUUAAACUGUCUAGAGCAUUUUUGAAAGCACUUGUCUUGUGUACGUGCAUAUUAUACCGUGACAGCUUUCAUUGUCUUGUCUCUCGUCAGUAGACCUGCAGUACAGUCUGUGGGAGAUGUCAGUCGAGUUGUUCAGCACCAGCAUCUGUCCAGAUGUUCAGUAUCUGUGGCUUAGGUGCUGAAUCUGAGGGAUGUGUUGCAAUUUUCUUUACAAACACUAGAGCACACAGUAGAAGAAUAGUAGUUUCAUUAGUGAUAUGACACAUGUAUAUAGUGAGACGUCUUCAUUGUGUGCUUUGCAUAUUUUGUAAAUAUUUUGCACGUCAUUAUUUUCCUUUUUUUGUUUGAGCAGUGUUUGGCCUGGAAGAGUAAUAUGCUUGCUGCUUAAAGGAUUAAAGAUUUAAAGGUGUCCAUGUCUUCUAUUUUUAUAUAACCUCAUAUUGUAUGAGAAUUUAGGACCUCUUCACUGUGAAAUUCUAAGUACUGGUUUAUAUAUAUAUAUAAAGCAAAGCCUAGAAAUUUCUUAAUGACCAUUUUUGUUAAUUCUGAAGUUAUCUUUUUUGAGAGAUCUACACCAAAGUGUUUUUAUAACAUAACUAAAAAUAAAUCACAUUGUUGCUACUACUGUUAAAA